GGUCCCGGUCUCCCGGCAGCGUCGCGUCGGCCGGUCGGUUACGCCAAAGAACCGGCGGCCGGUAGUAAGUAGUGUGUCUCCGCGGGUCUACGAAAUACGUGCGCCGCACAGGUGUCCGCGCUGCUACCACAGUAAUAUUAUAUUGUACGUACGCGUAAAUACUGCACUGACGUGUAUUGUAUGUAAUUAUAAAUAUAUAACUAUCGAUUUGCCGUCUACGAAAAACGAUCCGCACUAUCGAUUUAUUACAUAAUAAUUUAGGUAUAUAGGAAAUUCCGCGCAGUGCACGAGAAAUUUUUUCUGUUGGGGUUCCGAUUUUUCGUCAUCGACAUCCACCGCGUCGGGCGCGCGAUUUCGGGAUCGUUUCGAUUUUUUCCCUCCUGCGGUCUUCCGGGGCGCUUUCCGUGUGUUUGUCAUCGCAGCCGCAGCCCACACACGCGCCAGUAAUGUGCGACCGGCGACGUGCGGAAAACCACUAAACGAAAAGCCGAUACACUGCACACGUGACACAAGGAAUAUGAUCGUUUUCGGUGGCCGAAUAAACGUUUGAUCGAGGCACAGAAAUCAGCUUCGUUAGAGUUUGUCGCUGCUUAUACCGCUUACACACCGGAUACGAUAUCACCGACGUCAACACCGUCGUCGUAACUGUACUACCGGCUUGAAUCAAUGAUGCUAGAGAUGGGCGACAAGACUGCCGCAGCAUGGACCGCUUGGUGGAUCCUCACAUUUUCUUUGGUGCAAAAUGCUGUAAGCGUAGGUGGAGGUGGUGGCGGUACCAGCGAUAUUUGGCCGCUGGAGCGGCCCGAUGGCAUGCCGGUGAUCCAGUCCUUAGAGGUGAUGUGUGGCAAGGAUCACAUGGACGUUCACUUGCAGUUUACUCAACCCUUCGAAGGAAUCGUGUCGUCUAAAGGCCAAUACGCAGACCCGCGUUGUGUGUACGUGCCACCGUCCACCGGAAAGACGUUUUUCACGUUCCGCAUAGCGUACGCGCGGUGCGGCACCAAGCCUGACCUCAACGGUCAGUUCUAUGAGAAUACUGUGGUCGUCCAGUACGAUAAGGACUUGCUGGAAGUUUGGGACGAGGCCAAGAGGUUGCGGUGCGAGUGGUACAAUGAUUACGAGAAGACCGCGUCCAAACCACCCAUGGUCAUUGCCGACUUGGAUGUUAUACAGUUGGACUUCAGAGGUGAUAACGUCGACUGUUGGAUGGAAAUACAACACGGAAAAGGCCCGUGGGCUCCACCAGUUAGCGGUAUAGUGCCUUUGGGUUCUACGUUAACGUUAGUGGUUGCCAUCAAUGAUUAUAGAGGCGAGUUCGACAUGAGAGUGAAAUCUUGCGCAGCGUCCGAUGGUGGCGGUCAUGUCAUACAGCUGACAGACGACCAGGGGUGUGUGUUAAGGCCGAAAAUGAUCAGCGGGUUCCUGAAAGCCAGGACUUCAGACGAAAGAGCGUCCGUCAUCACUUAUGCGUUCUUCCACGCCUUCAAAUUCCCGGAUGCACUCAGCGUGCAUAUCCGGUGCAAGGUAGAAAUCUGUCGACAUGGUUGCCUGGACCACUGUCAAACGGACGAACGGAUAUCGGCCGGACAUUUACUUCACCAGCAGCAACAGCACCAGCAACACCAGCUCCAGUACGGACCAGUAGAUAGGAAGGACCAACAGAACGAUCGGUUGGAUUAUGUCCAAACAGUCGUAGUCAACACGGAUCAGCCGAAUGCCCAAGCGCAAAUCCACACACCAUUCGAUACCAACGGUCACAACAAGCCAUUACCAAGUCAAAACAAGGAGACAAUGAACCGAGACGGUUUCCCGCACGGGCCGCGGAACCUGGACGACGGCGUGGUCGAGCCGUCGACGGACGGCGACGACGACGACGACAACGACAACAGUCAGCCGCCGGCCGCGACACCGACGUCCGCCAACAACGGGACCGCGGGCGAACAGACGGCCGCAGGCGUAGCGCAGCUGCAGAGGCGCCGGCGCCGGCGUUCGAUGAACGUGUCGGACGCGGGCAACGCGGACGUGGGCGUCAGCGGGCUGUACGACGUCAUAUCGCAGUCGGACUUGGCGUUCACGCCGGACACGAAGACGGACAGCGAGGCGGUGACCAUAUUCCAGGGACGGAUCCGCGAGGACGUGGUGUACGGCAUAUGCAUGCCUGUGCACGGGUUCGGCGCGCUGUUCGUCAUGUUCGCCGGUUCGGCGAUCGUGUCCGUCGUGGUGGCCGGUUUCCAGUUGCACAAGUACCAGGUGAGGCGGGAGACGCAAAAGAUGAUGUCCGUCCAGGCACACCAGCACAGCGUGGCCGCGGCCGCCGUGGCCGCCGGCGGCGGUUACAUCCACAACUCGCUGGCCGGCAUCGUGGCGCUGAACAAGCUGAUCGCGUCCAAAACGGCAGCCGCCACCACCACCGCGCAGACCAGACGAAACAGCUAAUCGACUACUAUUAAUAAUAAUAAUAUUAUUUACUAUCUAUAUUAUAUUAGGUAUAUAUAUACAUAUAAAUACUACUACGACGUUGUUGACGGCCAUCACGAUUUUUAGUGCAUAAAUCACUCGAUGGUCGUCAUCAUUAUUUUCAAUUAUCAUUAUCAUCGGUAUCGUCAGUAUCGUUGGUGCGUGUUUAUUAUAACGUUAGUGAGGCUAAAUUUUGAUGGAGGUGGAAUAUAGUUGAAAAACAUUUUUAUUUUUACUUACCCGUCACCAGACUGGAGAGAGAAAUAUUAUAUGUUUAUUGGUCUUUGUUCUGCAAUUUCUUUUCUAGACGACCAUACGAAUACUACACUAACGUGAUAUACUUAACAGGGCUGUAUUUAUUUGCGUGGGAAAACGGGGUUAUUAUGCCGGGGUACAAAAUGUUUAGGGGUGGAAUUUUUUCGUUAAAUUGUCAUUUUUUUAAUCCAGUAUUAAGCAUGAUCCCGUUCACCGAUUUCCUACAGUAAAUAUUAUAUUUUUUUUAUAUUUUGAUAUCUGUUACCGUAAUUUAUGAUAAUAUUAUCAGUAGCGAGAGUAAAUCAACUAAUCGAACAAAAUCUAACUCCUUCCAUCAAAAUAUGAAAUUGUAAUUAAACAAUUUUCUGUGUCACAAAUAUCAAGAAGAAAAUUUCUUUUUCUUUUUCGUUUAUUAAGCGAUUGUUUUUGUUACAACUGUAUGGACAAUUCGUAAAUACAGCCUUGAAUUGUAAUCAAUCAAUGUAAUAGUAACGCUCUAAUUUAUAGUAGCCCAACAUGAACAAAAAUAUACAAUAUAACUAAGUAUAAUAUACCUAGUCAAUCGUCGUAAAUUGAUGUUCUAUAUAUAUUUUAUCAUAAUUUAUUUAGAUUAUUAAGCAUAAAGCUACCUAGGGCAACCCACCACGACACUAAAUCCAUCUUUGAACAUCAUAUUAUCGCCACGCGCCAAAAAAAUUCUUUGACUUAAUUCUGAUUUAACAUAUAAUAUCCCGGUUGAUGCUGAUAACAAUUAAUAUUUAAAAAGAUAUAUAUUUUCAUUUUUACACGUUUAAGAAUAUUAUAGGUAGUAUACAUAAUAUAAUUGACUAUUAUUAUUAUUAUUAUUUUCUCGUAUUGCGUUUGAAUUAAGAAAAUAGUUUUAUUUUUUUAAUUGGUGCUAAAUUAAUAUAAAAUCAGCAAUGGAAAAAACUUGGAUACAACAUGCAUACAUAUUUUUCAUUUAAAUAUUUAUUAAUGGUUUGUAAGAGUUAUUUAUAUACAAAUUACUGUUAUAUUGACAAAUCUGUAAAAAAAACUUAUUAGACAAUUUAUUAUUUUAUUCCAUUUUUAAAUCGUAUGAUGUUAAGUUUAAUUAUAAUUGUGUAAAUAUAUAUCUAAAUACUGAAUGAUAGCAAUCAAAACUAGAUAAUUUUGUUAUUAUUUAAUAUAUUUUAAUAUUUUAGUUUAAUAUUACGUAGUCAUGAAACUGGCCAGUUCUUCGUAAUAACGGUUGAAGUUUUAUUAACAAAUUUAGCAAAUUUUAUUAUCUAGUAAAACCAAAAUUUUUUGUGACCUAAAAAUGAAAUUCUUAAUGUUCGUUCAAGUUGUUUUUAUGACACGGCGUUUCGUAUAGGCGAAACAUGUACAUUCAUGUAAACGAACACCUUAUUUUAAAUGAAUACAUCAAUACAUGCUAAAGUUGAUAAUAUUAUAUAGUAUAUUAUACUAUUUUCAUCUGAUUUACAACACCCGUUGGCAUUUUUACUUAGUAAUUAAGUUCUUGUAAAUAUUUUAUUAUUAUUGUGUAUUUAUUAUUUUUUAUAUUUAGCGUAAAAUUGUUUUGCUCAGCAUUUUGAGGGGUGAACAGAAUGAAAAUGGAAUUUUUUUCUUAAUCAUAAUGUAAUUUGUACAUUAUUUAUCUGAAUUUAAUCUACUGAAACUAAAUUAGUCAUACUAUUUUAUACUUUUCCAAUUGUUAAUAAAUAAUGUUUAAAGAUACAUCGAAAAAAAAUCAAAAUUUUACCAUGUUAUUACCUAUAACAGUUCUUUAUUUCUUAAAAAAUACUUUCAUACAAUUCUUUUAAUUUAAAUAAUUCUAAAUAAAAAAUGAAUAUAUUGAGUUAUUUAUAAAAUAAUACACUUUUAGUACCUAUAAUUAUCUAAUCCAUUUUUACUCUGAGCCUCACAUAAUAUUAUAAUCAUAAUAUAUUUAUGGUAUAAUUUUUACUGCGUUAAUUUUUUUUUUUUAUAUAUAUUUAUAAAUAUUUUGUUAUUAUCAUAAAGUUAAUAACUGUAAUAUGUAAAUAAAUUUUAAACAAGUUUUAGAAUUGUAUUUUAUUUAUUAUUAUUAUAUCUGAACCAAAUACACUGUUAAUACGUAUAACAAUGCAUUUUAACAUAUAAUAUGUACCCAUAACCAAUGUAUUAUUAGUCUUAAAAUGAGGAAUCUGUGAAAAAAUGUUUAUGUUAUUUUGUAUUAUUACAUUAAUGAUAAUGGACAAUUAUUAUUUGCGCACAUUGCAUCAAAUAUUUAUAUGGGCGCAUGUAAAUUCCACUGGUUAUUUCUUACUACCUGUAAAAAAUUGUAAAUUCUACCGGUACCUACGUUUUUUUACCUAAAAAAUUUUAUUUCCACCGUUUUUACACAAAUUAAUAAAAAUCAAUAAUGACCAAUAA